AUGUUUGCAGGUCCCAUGUCAUGGGUACAUCGACAGGUUUCAAUGGGCACUGAUCCUAGGUCUAUACUUACUGAUAUGUUACCAGAUGGAAUGGAACUACCAAGUGAUCUAGAUAAUUACUCUUUAUGGAGACUGGUUAUUAAUCUAUUAAUGGAACCACCUAGAAGAAAAAAACUUGAGAAUAUCAAUACAUUUGAAGAUGUUGUUCAUUUGUUAAAAACUUGUAAAAAAAUCAUGGUCCUAACUGGAGCAGGAGUGUCUGUAUCUUGUGGUAUACCAGAUUUUAGAUCAAGAGAUGGUGUGUAUGCAAGACUGGCUGUUGAUUUUCCCAAUCUUCCUGAUCCACAAGCUAUGUUUGAUAUUCAUUUCUUUAAAGGAGAUCAAAGACCAUUCUUUAAAUUUGCAAAAGAAAUCUACCCAGGUCAAUUUGAACCGUCUAAAUGUCAUAAAUUUAUUAAGUUAUUAGAUGAUCAUAAUAAAUUAUUACGCAACUAUACUCAGAAUAUUGAUACACUAGAACAAGUAGCCGGUAUUAAAAAUGUUAUUCAGUGUCAUGGUUCAUUUGCAACAGCUCAGUGUAUGGCUUGUAAACAUAAAGUAGAUGCAGACGUUAUUAAAAAAGAUAUUUUUGAUCAAGUUAUUCCAGCAUGUCCUGUUUGCCCACCUGGCACACCGUAUGCCAUCAUGAAACCUAAUAUUGUAUUUUUUGGUGAAAGUUUACCUGAAGAAUUUCAUCGACAGAUGGCUGAUGAUAAAGAUGAAUGUGAUUUAUUGAUAGUUAUUGGCUCUUCCCUUAAAGUUCGUCCAGUUGCCCUCAUUCCUAAUUCUCUUCCAGCCCAUGUACCUCAAAUAUUAAUAAAUCGUGAGAGGUUACGACAUAUGGACUUUGAUGUAGAAUUAUUGGGAGAUUGUGAUGUUAUAGUCAAUGAAUUGUGCAAACAUUUAGGUGAAGGCUGGGACAAGUUGAGCAAUAAUCAACCUGUAUUAAAACACAAAGAAAAGUCAGAAUUAUGUGAAGACUCUAAAAACAUGUGUUCAAAUAUUGUCAGUGCAUAUUCUUGUGAACUUCGCGGUGAUAAUUGUUUAUCAACAGACAGUAAUUCAUCUGAUAGUCAAUCAGCUGUUAAUCACAAACAGGACACUGGUGACAGUCAACCUACAACACCUGAUGUUACUCCCUCAACUAACACUUUAGACAAUAGAAAUAGUGAACUGUGUUCAAAUCAGAGUGCAUUAAGAAAUUCUAACUCAUCUGAAACUACAGAUAAUGAUAAUAUUGAGAGUACAGAUGAAACCAGUAACCAAAUGAGAAGUUUCUUCCAACCUAGACCACGACAAAGUCUAGCCAAAAGACUUAAAAAUGAUGAGUUACUGUUUUUACCACCUAAUCGUUAUGUUUUCUCUGGAGCAGAAGUUUAUUCUGAUGAUGAUUUUGAUGAUAGUGACAGUGAAAGUGAAGAUGGCGAUGAGGACACUAAAACCACAAAUGAUGAUGUCCAAACUGAAAACUUAGACAAUCAACACCAAAACGAUAAAGUUGUUCCAGAUGUUAAAGCAAAAGAAAAUUAUGAAGUUUCUAUAAGAGAUAUUAUUGAUAUAGCAAAGUAA